CAGCUCAGUCUUUUUCCCUCGUCUCGCCAUACGUCUGGAGCCACUCCUCUCUUCCGCUCGUGUCUGAUUUAAUUCUGAAAUGAUCAGCAGAAUGUACUGAAUUUACACAUUUGAAAACAGCAAGGAGACGUACAAGAAAGAAAACAACAUAUCUGUGUCCACUAAAAAAAGUAAAAGUAAAAAGGAAUUAAUCAAGCGCAACAUGGCGACUACCAACGCCGUAACCAUGGCAACCUCCGGUAAAUCUUUCGGCACAGAUCUCACCAACCUGUUUGGGAGCAAAGAAUUAGCCAUAGCAGGCAAAGCUUUAAUCCUGGUAGCCGUCGCUUUACUCAUCUACGACCUGCUGGUUUUCCUGCUGGCGCCCACAUCCAGCAGGAAAAAGUUGUUACUCACGCCAUGGUUGACUAAAGUUUUUGCUGACACUUGGGAGACGCAGCAUCACCACAGCGGCCCUUAUGGCAGGUCCGACGACGCUGUGGCUUCUGUCCUGCGCUCCCUGGCCGACACAGCUGCCAAGUAUGAGAGCCGCUGGGAGAAAAGCCGCCUUCCGUAACUGUGCAAGAAAGGGUGCAACAAACACGUCUUGAAUUUCCUUUAGAUAGAGAUGUGCAAUAACCGGUAAACAAAGGGGAACAGAGACAUUUUUGUUAUCCUCAGUAUCGUUGAUUAGAACAUAAUUUACUCGUAAA